AUAAAAUUCAUAAGACGUAAUAUUUAUAGAAUGUUUGUAAAUAUAAACUUGACAAAGGAAUAAGUUUCUCAUUAUUAUUUAGUAUUCCUCAUUCUUUAAGCGAGUAUUAGUUGAGAUGGUUGUGUUUUGAUCUUACGUCAUGAAGGCAAUUAUUUACGUUUUUUUAAGCCACUGCUUUCUUUCAACUUGUUUGGCAGAGUUGAGUGAAGAGAGAAAAGUACAAUUUGUAACAAGAUUCGUUGAUUAUUUAAAUAAUUUACCGAAUCAUGCCUUCAUAUAUGAUGACGGUGUUUUAUUGAGCGCGCAAAAAACUGAUGAAAAUAACUAUAAGAUUGAAGUAAAGCUUAAAGUUACGAGUAUUCACAAUCUUGAAGCAUACACAUAUCGUACAUGUUCUGUGACAUUGGAAGACCAUGGUGGUACCAAUAUCCAUAUAAAGGAUGACUACAAAUGUGAAGAGCCUUCACCUUCUACGACUACGGAAUUUAAUGUGGAUAACAUAGUGUAUCAAGAAAAAACAACAACGGAAGCUGGAGAACAUGUCCCUGUACAACUUGAUAAUGAAGUGCAGAGUAAUACUGCGGCGACCUCUGGGGAGCAAUUUAUCGCAAUACCAAGAGAGAAACCAGCCGCACCAUGUAUUGGGUGUUCAACCUUCGUAAACCCUGGAGCUGCGGGCGUCGAGGAGUUGGCUCUGUUAGGCAUUCGCCAUCUCAACAGGCACGAACCCGAUGUCAAGCAUGAGUUGAACUCAGUUGUCGAAGUGGAGAGGCAGGUUCAGAUUGUAAACGGUGUUAGAUACAUUAUUACGUUAAAAGUUGAUUAUAACAACUGUACGAUCGAUGUUGCAGAAACUUGUACGGUUGUAAAACCUUGUAAAAUAACAAUUUUAGAAAAGCCGUGGGUCAGAUUAUAUGAUGGAUCAAAAUAUAGAGGAAUUUUAGCCAAUAAUUGUACGGAAGAAUGGAUAUUCAGCGACAACGGUGAAGUAAUACACGACGAAAAAAAAGGAAACGAUGUUGUAAAAGUAUCUAAAGAUGAUCCAGAUAAUGAAGAUGGCGCGCAUAAAACUAUUCCAGAUUUUGAUAAAAUUGCCAACACAGGAUCUGUAGAUGAUAUACUUAAAGCUAUACAUAAUUCUGACGUACAAUCUCAGCCGGUAACAGAAAGAACCUUAUCGGAGGGAGAAGUUAAAAAUUUAGAAGAACAAAUAAUACCUUACAAUCAGUUCUCGGAUACAUCAACGUUACGUGACGAAGAAAUAACUGCAAAACCUGAAUCAGAAAACUUCAAUUCACACUCAAUCAAUAAAAUUGAAUCCAGAAAAAAAUAUUUAUCAAAUUCUAAUUCAUUUAUGUUUGAUCGAGAAGAGGAAAAAAUUAAUUCCUUAAAUAAUGAUAAGAAAAAAGCUAUCGAUGACUUAAUAAACUUUUUUGCAUCUGUUGAUUCACAUUCAAAUCAAGAAGGAAAGAGAAACAAAAGAAAUUUAUAUUUUGUCGGUGGAAAGCUAACAAAAGACAACAAUGAUCCAAUGUACAAAACAUUAGCGGAAGAAUCAUUAGCAAAAUAUUUACAAAUAUCAAAUAUAGAUGAAGAAUAUGAAGUACUAAACGUUGAAAAUGUUCAAGUUCAAGUUGUGUCCGGACAGCUUACUACAAUAACUUUUCAAAUUGUAAAAAAAGGUACGCAAUCUCUGACUCCACAGAAAUGUGUUGCAGAUGUUUGGGAAAAGCCUUGGAUACAAUUCAAAGAUAUAAAAGUAGACUGUCAACAUAGUGAAUCGCAAGAUAUAAGACAUAGGAGACAUUUACCUGGUGGCGCACUUGAGCAAAAUCCGAACGACCCCAAAUACUUGGAGUUAGCUAAGGAAUCCAUGGAAAAGUAUUUAGAAACUACCGGCAAUUCAAGACCCCACAAAGUGGUUGAAGUUGAAAAAGUUACCACUCAAGUUGUUUCUGGUACAAUGACGGAAAUUCACUUUAAGAUUUUGCCAGCUCAAGGCACAGGUGACGUCAUAAGCUGUUUGUCCAACGUGUGGGAACAAGCGUGGCUUAAGAAGAAAGACAUAGACGUCAAAUGUCAAGUUGGCGAUAGUAGAAAGAGAUCAAAGAGGCAAGUUAUUGCCCCUGGGUUAACUGAAAGAAAUCCUAAUGACCCUGAAUAUUUAGAACCAACAGGAAAAUAUAAAUCACACCAUAACAAUAAAAAAAAAUUUAGGUCGGGUACAGUAACAUUGGAAAAACUGGUACUUGAAUCAUUAGAGAAGCUUGAAAAGUCGUCUGCACAUAAACAUAAACAGAGAGUAAAUCAAAUAAUAAAUUAUUCUAGUAAUAAAUCAUCUGGACCGACAACAAUUUAUUUCGACGUGGGUUAUACGACAUGCUUAAAGUUUGAAUUAGUGAAUGAUAUCACACAGUGUAAGUUCUUAAAUGAUACAGCUUUACGGCAUUGUGUGGCACAUGUUUGGGAAAGACCAUGGUUAAAAGAUGGCAAAGAUAUAGAGGUGAGCUGUGAAGAGCGUACAAUAGAAGAAAUUAAUUCAGAGACCGCGAUGCUAUUAGCAGCUACGGCAUUAAAACACAUUGAGGCGAAGUACUCCCACCCUCGAAAACAAAAAAUUGUGAAGCUAAUCUCGUUCGGGAGACAGCUUAUCGCUGGUGUCCAUUAUAGAAUGAAAAUAGAAGUAGGCCCUACAAAUUGUAUGGUCCUUAGUCCUGAGCAUAAUUGUACGCUGGUCGGUGAUAAGGGUCCGAAUAAGAUUUGUAAUGUGAAUGUAUGGCCUAGACCGUCUGUUGACCGAUUUUUAAAUAUCCGUGUCUUCUGUGACCAUAAGACACGUAGCAAUUUUACACUUCGGAAUCAAGAGGCCCAUGUUCUUUUUGAUGACUUUCUUGAAACAUACAAGCCCGCGUAUAUUAGCAAUGAGACCGAAAAGUCAAGACGGUUUGAAAUAUUUAGAAACAACGUGAGAAUUAUCCAUGCAUUGAACAUUGGAGAUGCGGGCACGGCCACGUAUGGAGUUACUAAAUUCGCUGAUUUAACCCACGAAGAAUUCAAGAGUAAGUUUUUGGGUUUGAAACCGAGUCUACGGGAUCAGAAUCAAAUACCGAUGACGAAAGCAGUUAUACCAGAAGUGAGUUUGCCCGAUGCGUUCGACUGGCGGCAGCGCGGCGCCGUCACCCCCGUCAAGGACCAAGGCAGCUGUGGAAGUUGUUGGGCUUUCAGCGUUACAGGUAACGUCGAGGGCCAGUGGCAGAUAAAGACUGGCAACCUGCUAUCAUUAAGCGAGCAAGAGCUAGUUGACUGCGAUAAAUUGGACGAAGGUUGCAACGGUGGUCUAAUGGACAAUGCUUACAGAGCUAUUGAGCAAAUGGGAGGUUUGGAGUUAGAAGACGACUAUCCAUACAUAGGCAAGGCGCACGAUAAGUGUAUUUACAAUAAGACGUUGUCCCGGGUCACUGUCAGCGGCGCUGUUAACAUCAGCAACAAUGAGACCAACAUGGCCAAAUGGUUGGUCAAAAAUGGACCAAUAUCUAUAGGUAUAAAUGCGAACGCGAUGCAGUUCUACAUGGGCGGCGUGUCGCACCCGUGGCGUAUGCUCUGCAGCCCCGACAACCUCGACCAUGGCGUGCUCAUCGUCGGCUAUGGCGUCUCCGACUACCCUCUAUUCCACAAACGUCUGCCAUAUUGGAUAGUAAAGAACUCUUGGGGUGGGUCGUGGGGUGAGCGCGGGUACUACCGCGUGUACCGCGGCGACGGCACCUGCGGCGUCAACAUGAUGGCCAGUAGUGCUGUUGUCUGAACACUUACCACCACCAACCACUGACCACCGUCAACCACUGACAACCACUGACCACCACUAACUACCAGUGAUACCAAUAAUAGAGUUAAAUAGAAUCUGUUUUGAUCUUUAUGUAUUUUUUAGUAAUUUAAAAUUGAUAUAACUCUGUUACAAAGGACAUAGUUUAUAUUCGUUAUUAAGUCUUUAUCUAAUAAUUUAUAUUGGAUAUUGCAUUGACAAAAAAAAGAUUUUUUACAGCCUUAUGCAAUUCUCUACUCUUUAUUUCAUUUUUAUUAUAAUGUUCCAUAUUUUAAACAUAAACGGUCCUUUUAAUAAAUUCGUUGGAAAAAAAUAAACUACAUAUUUUUAUCGUUUUUCAACUUGUUUCGCUUUAUUUUGGUAUUUUCAAGACAAUGUGAUGAAAUAUCGAAUUAGGUUUCAAAUCUAGUUGUACCUAGUCUCCAAAGAUCUGUUUGUAACUAAUAAAAUCAAUGUAUUUUUUACAUAUGUAAUGUUAUGUACGUUUUUGUAAAUAAAUAUACAAAUGAAAUCGAGUGACAUUAUCUGAUGAGAUUUUUUUAUAUAAUAUAAAUUGUAUACAAUCUUUUUUAUAACUUUUGGAAGAAGUCAACAAUUUGAUAUGUUUUUUAAAAUAUAAAAUGUUAGUUCACAUAACUAUAUAACUAGUACUUAUUUAUUUUUUAGUUUCUUGACAAAGUACGGAUAAUAGUAAGAUGUAUCUAAAAAUAUUUAAGAUUUUUUCAAUUAGUAAUGAAACUACCAGUUUACGUAUUUUAAACUAGACGAUAACUUUUAAAGCAUGAAAUAAAAUGUU